CUAUUUCCGUCCACGACCGCAGUGUGCGCUGACUACCACGCUAUCAUUUUUAUUAUUUUCUGGAAAAUCCUGAUUUUUCCCCAUUUCUAGUGCAAAAUAGAGUUUUUUCAUACACCAUGGCUCUGAAUUUAACUGUACGCGUCCAUCCGGUGGUGCUGUAUCAGAUAGUUGAUGCGUAUGAACGGAGGAAUGCAGAUUCCCAACGUGUCAUCGGAACCCUUUUAGGAAAUGCAGACAAGGGAAUUGUUGAGGUAUCAAACUGCUUCUGUGUCCCACACAAGGAGCAUGACGACCAAGUGGAGGCAGAACUGGGCUAUGCCCAUGAAGUGUAUGAUCUCAAUCGGAGAGUGAAUGCCUCAGAGAACAUCGUUGGCUGGUGGGCAACUGGGAAUGAAGUGACGAAUCACAGUUCUGUGAUUCAUGAGUAUUACUCCAGGGAGUGCAACAAUCCGGUUCAUGUGACAGUGGAUACUUCGCUCCAGGGAGGCCGGAUGGGUCUCAAGGCGUUCGUUUGCGUGUCUCUGGGAGUGCCUGGAGGGAAAACUGGCAACAUGUUCACGCCCAUCAACAUUGAAAUCACCAGUUAUGCUCCAGAGACUGUUGGCCUUCAGCUUUGCCAGAAGACCAUCGGCGUGUCCAAUUCUUCCCGAUCACGAGCUGUCCAGCCAAUGGUGGACCUGGCCCAAGUGGCUGAAGCUGCCAGUAAACUUCUGAGUUUGUUGGAUCAGGUUUUGGUGUAUGUGGAGGAUGUCUUGUCGGGAAAGCAGCAGGCUGAUAACUCAGUCGGACGUGCCCUUUUGGACCUGAUUCACUCUGUUCCCAAUAUGUCUACAGAUCAAUUCGCUCAGAUGUUCAAUUCCAAUGUCAAGGACUUGCUGAUGGUGGUGACUCUGUCGCAACUCAUCAAGACUCAGCUGCAACUCAAUGAGAAACUUCCCUUCCUUUGCUCCAAUUAAAUGACUCAAAAGUUCUGAGCGAGAUUUGAGAGGAAAAAUAAAGAGAAAUUGGUGAAAUGUA